GUCCAAUCAGACCGCCCAGCUCCGGCCAUGCCCCCGCCUCUUGCCCUGACGGCUCCGGGGCAGAUUGGCCAUUGGUGGAGCCGGCUGAGGUUCCGCCUCCAGCACAAGAAGGACUGGACGCAGGUGCUGGAUGAGACCUUCCUACUGCAGAGCAAGAGGAUUAAGGACAGCCCCCUCUUUUUUGCGGCGAAAGAAAAUGACGUCAUGUCGAUCCGCAAGCUGCUCAAGUGUCCGUCGACAGACAUCUUCGAGAGAGGGGCACUGGGGGAGACUGCUCUCCACGUGGCUGUGAUGUUCGACAACCUGGAGGCAUCUGUUGCUCUCAUAGAAGGAGUCCCGGACCUCAUCAACGAGCCCAUGAGCUCUGAUGUCUAUGAAGGGAUGACAGCCAUGCACAUCGCUGUGCUGAACCAGAAUGUGAACCUGGUGCGCGAGCUGAUUGCCCGAGGGGCAGAUGUGGCCACACCACGGGUGACUGGGUCGUACUUCAAGAAGAGGAGAAAAGGACUAGUCUACUUUGGUGAGCAUAUCCUCUGCUUUGCUUCCUGCGUGGGAAAUGAAGAAAUUGUCAAUAUGGUGAUAGAAGCUGGGGCAAACCUCCGAGCCCAGGAUUACCUUGGCAACACUGUUCUGCACAUCCUCAUCCUCCAGCCCAACAAAAUGAUCUCCUGUCAGAUCUUCGACCUGCUGAUGGCGGCCGAUGGCAAGACGGACAGGGGAGUUCCCCUCGAUGUUCUCCCCAACUUCCGUGGCCUCACCCCCUUCAAGCUUGCUGCUAAAGAAGGGAAUGUGGUGAUGUUCCAGCACAUGGUCAGUAAGAGGCGUAGCCUGCAGUGGUCACUGGGCCCCCUGUCCUCCUACUUGUAUGACCUGUCCGAGAUCGACUCCUGGAGUGACGACUGUUCUGUCUUGGAGCUCGUUGUCUGCAGCUCCAAACGAGAGGCUCGGAGGAUCCUGGACGUCUCUCCAGUCCGGCAGCUGGUCAGCCUGAAGUGGAACCUCUAUGGGAAACAUUACUUCCGCUUCCUGCUGCUCCUGUACCUGUUGUAUAUCGGCACCUUCACGCUGUGCUGCACCUUUCGCCCCUUAAAGCCAAUACCGGAGAAUUACAGCCUGGAGCACACCGACAUCACCAUCUUUGUGCAGAAGACACUGGAGGAGAGCUACAUUUCUUAUGAAGAUCACCUGCGUUUGGUGGGAGAGAUUAUCAGUGUGGUUGGGGCCCUGGUUAUCCUGUUACUGGAGAUCCCGGACAUUUUGCGUGUCGGUGCGAAGAGAUAUUUUGGACAGACCGUUCUUGGGGGUCCUUUUCAUGUAAUUCUCAUUACCUAUGCCUGUCUUGUGCUGGUGUUACUGAUUUUGAGGCUGUCCAGUUCUGAAGGGGAAGCGGUGGUUAUGGCGUUAUCUCUAGUUCUUGGUUGGUGUAACGUCAUGUACUUUGCACGUGGGUUUGAGAUGCUGGGACCGUAUGUGAUCAUGAUUCAGAAGAUUAUAUUUGGGGAUUUGACGAAAUUCAUCUGGUUGAGUGUUUUGGUGUUAGUCGGAUUUAGCACAGCUCUGUGGAUGACAUACAUGACCUUUGACUACACUCAGGGCAUCCCCUCCUACAAGUCUUUCCCAGUGUCCCUGUUCUCCCAGUUUGAGCUGUCGAUGGGGAUGAUUGACUUGCCUGUGGACCAGACCGUCCCCACCCCCCCCAUUGUCCACAUCCUGCACAUUAUGUUCUCCGUGGUGUCCUGCCUGCUGCUGCUCAACCUGCUGAUCGCCAUGAUGAGUGACACUCACUGGAGGGUGGCUCAGGAGAGGGACGAGCUGUGGAGAGCUCAGGUUGUGGCCACGACCAUCAUGUUGGAGCGCCGGCUGCCUCGCUGCAUGUGGCCCCAGAUGGGCAUCUGCGGACAGGAAUAUGGACUGGGAGACAGACAGUACCUCAGGGUGGAGGACCACCGCAGCCAGGCCAUGAAGAAGAUCUGGCACUACGCCAACGCCUUUCUGGAGAAGGGGGAGGGCCUCGGGGAAAAGGAGCAGGGGAGAGAGACCGACCUUUCUGCCGGCAGAGUCGUCUUCCGAUCGAGGCAGAAGGGCAGGACCAUGCUCAACAGGAAGUCUCUGGGAGCCUGGGAGAUGAUCCGUCGGAGUGCCCUGGGGUCUGAGCACGGGCUCACAAAUUUGGAUGCAGUAGAAGUGGAAUUGAACGUCUGAAAGCCACCUUCUGCAUUCCCUGGGACGUGGGGAACGUGGUUCCGAAUCGAGGAAGAUAUGAUUGAUAUUUCUUCUGUCUCGCUGUCUCUCCUGUGGUCUGUGAUCUGUGAUCAGUUCUCUCCCUCGUCGUCUCAGGACGUUUUAUUUGAAUUUUAUUUGCUUCUUUGCCUAUGUGUGAGAUUGUGUUCUCGGUGUCUCAGACCUGUUGCUCAGUGCUCUCAAGAGUGGUUCAGAUCUGCGAGGUCUAGUGCGAGCAGGUCACUAGAAGGGUCCCUCUCUGAGCUCCAGGAGAAACUGACAGAAGGACAGCGGACAACGAGAGAGAGGUGGUUGCACAGGGCAGGAACGUUAACAGGUCUGCUGAUGGCAGUUGAUUCUUUCCAUCACUUAGAUUGAAGAGCUAUCCUUACUGUACUUAUUUCAGAAUUGGGAAUGUACUUGGCAUCUUAACUCAGGGUUUACUAAUCGAAAGAGCUAUAAAGAGCUACCGUUCGGGAGCUACACCUACAUAUCAGCGUGUGUGAUUUAAUAAUGGGACUCUAAUUCAGUUCUUAGUAUUUAGUGCAGGGCUGGUGACUUGAAUUAAACUGGGUAGAAGGCGUCUCUGUCUGAGUGAGAUCCGAGAGGGAAGGCGUCAUUUUCAGGACUGAUCCGAGGAGAGAAAGCAUCUCUUUUUUUCCGAGAGAUAAGAAAUGGAUUUGGAUUCUGCAAGGACAGGAUAAGAUCUGUUUUGAUGUCCUUCCCGGUGUCUUGUCAGCAUUGCCUUUCAGUGAUGCGGAAACGCAGCUGAAACCUUUCUUAUCAGUUAUGCUGUGUUUUCCUUCAACUAUGAGAUUAUUUUUUUUUUGCCUGGAGUGCAGAUUGACACUCCUGCGCUCCAGAUAUCACUGGAUCCAAUGUGGGCACUGCUAACUGUGAUCUUGCAUCUACAGAGUUUGUGGGGUAUAGGUGGCUGGAGGCCAACAGGGCUUGUGGUCACUUGGGAUGUCUCGCAGGAUGGCCAGUCCACUUUCUGGAGCCAGCUGGUCAGCUCACACUGUCGUCACAUGACAGAUGCAGUCAGGCUUUUCUUUUCUCACUGUGUAGCGUAACAAGCCUUCUUUGUAAUCGCCCUAGGCUCCACAUGAAAUACUUUUGAGAUUUCUUUUCAGAGAUUGAUGUGAUCAGGGGAAGAAUUUAGUGUGAUUGCUACUGCUGUACGGUCUGUGAUCAAAUCAGUGCAUUAACCAAGGGAUUCAAUAACAGUCCAAUGAAAUUGCUCAGGGAUCUAACUAUGUCAGAUUUUGGUUUUGAUUUGUUAAAAUAAAUUAUAGACAUUUCUAAAUAAAAAUGACUUCAAU